CCACCACCAUCCCAAAGAGCAAAAAUAUGACAACAAACUCAACGAAUUGAACGAAAAAGAAAAGUCAGACUCAGAGCACAGGUGAAAAUUGAAAAAAAGUGUAGUGUCUCGGGAACAUGGAAGUGCGUGAGAAAAUUUCAUAAAAAAAUAAUAACUUACCAAAUUAAUAAAGGAGUUGAAAUAAUAAUAAAAUUCAAAUCUAACAUUAAAAACACGACGUGUAGUUUAACAUCUUUAUAUUAAUAAAAUCAAUUCCUCUUCCAUCCAACCUAAUCCCCAUAGAAAAAAAAAAUUAAACGAACGACGACGACGAAUCCAACAACAAACCAGCAAGAAAAGAAAAAAAAAAUUCAUCCCAACUAGAAGAGGAGAAAAUUCCACAAACUUUCGAUCGCUUCCAUUUUUUCCGCCGCUAGAAAAAGAAAAAAUUAAAACGAACCACUCAACUUUACAAUGAAUAAAUAAAAAUAUUGAAUUACUAAAUCCUCCGUGAAAAAUAUUGCGUGCGAUUAAAAUUCUGUGUGCCUUUUUUCGUGCAAAGAAAUAAUAUAUGAAAUAAAAGCCCCUCUUCGCCCUCUCUCUUUCUGUCUCCAGCAACAAAAAAAGUGUGUGUUUUCUGAAAAAAUCGUUAUCAAAAAAAAAGGAGGUUCCCCUUUUCUCCACACAAAACGACGACAAAACGAGGCAAAAUAUAAGUAAUUUUCAAAAUAAAAUUUAUUUGAUAGUCGGGUGGAUCUUCUUUUUUUUUAGGAAGAAAAAAAGAGUUCAGAGAAAUAUAACGAAAAAUAAAAAGUGUUCAAUUCCAGCGUGUGUAUAUAUAAUUAAAUAUUUUAUACACCUGUCUGUAUUCUCUGGUUUUUCGCGAACAAGAAAAAGAAACAGGACAAGGCGAUAAAGAAAUAUACAAAAAAAGUCCAUCAAUGGAUGAGUGAAAUAUUGCCUAAUCCCGAAGGACACAGAAAAACCCCUUCCGCCCUCCUCUGAACUUUCGGUGCAAAGAAUCCACAAAGGAAGAAACGAAAGAAGAUACAAAAAGUGAAAGCAAACGCUUCCUUGUGCUCUCUUUCCACCAACCUUUUUCCAUCAUCUUGAGCUCCUUGCAACCAACUAAAGACAGCACCGCAACAGAAGAGCGCAGCGGCUUCCUGAAUUUUCUUAUUUUUCUUUUUUUUUUUAUUUAAUUUUAUUUGUAAUUUAAUUUUAACUUGAAAUAAAAAAAAAAAUAAAAAAACCCAAAAGGAUAAUUAGCAAUAAGAGGAGAUAGAAGAGAUGCCGAAAUGCGAUGUCAAAACUCGAUAUAUUCCUGCGACAUUUGCCUGGAUCCUGCUCCUGUCGACAACCUUCCUGUUUUUCUUUUAUCCAUGCCAAUACUACGUCUACCGACAUCCAUGGGUUCCAGCUUAUCAAGGUGUCAUCACGUUUUUCGUUUUAGCCAAUUUUACACUAGCGACAUUUAUGGACCCCGGUGUGAUUCCGAAAGCAUCUCCUGAUGAAGAUCGUGAGGAGGAAUUUCGUGCGCCUCUGUAUAAAAACGCCGAAAUAAAUGGAAUAACAGUGCGGAUGAAAUGGUGUGUCACUUGUAAAUUUUAUCGACCGCCAAGAUGUUCACAUUGUUCAGUAUGUAAUCAUUGUAUAGAAACUUUCGACCAUCAUUGUCCAUGGGUGAACAAUUGUAUAGGCCGAAGAAAUUAUCGGUUUUUCUUUUUCUUCCUUGUAUCAUUAUCGAUACAUAUGCUGAGUAUAUUCUCAUUAUGUUUGUUUUAUAUUCUGAAGAAUAUGAAGGAUAUACGGCAAACGGAACCUAUUGUAGCAAUUUGCCUUAUGGGCAUUGUAACAGUUUUGGCAAUCCCAAUAUUUGGUUUAACUGGAUUCCAUAUGGUACUGGUUUCACGUGGUCGCACUACAAAUGAACAGGUGACUGGUAAAUUCAAAGGUGGAUACAAUCCUUUCUCACGUGGUUGUUGGCACAAUUGUUGUUACACCCAAUUUGGUCCACAAUAUCCGAGCUUACUUAAGCCAGAAAAAUAUGCUGCUCGUCGAUCGCAUAAAGAUAACCAAGGCAUUAGUACAAUAACCAGCGAUAGAGAGAAUAACACAGCGAGUGGCGGCGGAAUGGGUCGCAAUAAUACAACCAGCCAAAAUUCGACAGGGAUGCAAUCAAACUACUACGACCGGGACAGACAUCAUACUCAGGUAAAGACUUAUACGGACCAGGGCAAUGGUUAUAAUCAACGGUCGGGCAGUUCAACGCUUUAUAGUAAGUUUGAUUAUAUUCCAUUAAUGCAGCUUUCACCGGGUCGUGAUUGCUCUGACACUGACAUGGAUCCACCGCAGGCAUCCCAAAGUCAAGAUUGUGAGCCAACCCCACCUUUACAGAGGCAUAAUUCCAGUAAUUUUUAUUUGCCACCGAUUGAGAACACAAACAUGGUGGUUGGUACAAAUGGACCUAGUGGUGUAGGUGGAGGAGGUGGUCCAGAAUCUCCACGCCACAUGAGAAUGUAUCAUCCACGGCAUAGUCCUCAUUCAAGGCAGAGAGGGCUUGAACCACAGCGAGUUUAUAAUCCUGAUGCACUCUCGCCUGAUCAUCCAACGCACCCAGGCAAUCCAGCAAUAGUGGCAGCACAAAAUCGAGCCGUUACCUCAGCCACACCCACAAUGCAGCAACGAAUCAAAGCACUGGGCGUAGCAACCCCCUUAGCCAUGUCUAGUCCAGUCCGAAGGUCUAAUCCUGGCACCCCAACUCAACCACGUCGACCAGACUUCAUAGCCGUUGGCUUAAAUCAACAACAAUCGCUACAACCAAACAACAAUCAACAACAGCAGCAACAACAACAGUCACAAAUUUACUAUGAAUAUGCACCUGGCCUGCCCACCCAACAGCAACAACAAAUGCAAAUGAUGCACCACAAUGGUUUAUCACAACAGCAACAACAACAACGUGGCAUGGGAGUUGGAAGUGCCAUAGGGGGAAUGAUGUUAGCCAAUAAUAGCCAAUAUGGAUCACCCCAGCGACGUUUUCUAUCUGAAGGCGAACUAGUUCGACAAGGUGGAGGAAAUAGUGGUCCCUCUGCCAACGAAUUGUCCUACGCUCGAACGAACAACACAGUCGACAAUAUACGAGAGCUAGCCGGUAGCCCACAACGUGGUGUCUAUAUGUGGAAGGAUACAUCACCAGGGUUUAAUAAUGGUACCAGUGGUGGUGGCGGCGGUGUGGGCGGCGGUAAUAGUGCAGGCACUAUACCUAAUCAUCACCCUGCCCAAUAUAUGAAUAUGGCGCAACAUCCGCUAAGUCAUGUUCUCAAUCAAGUCCGCCUACCACUGAACGAAUACCAUCAGCAACAGCAACACCAAAUGCAAUACGAUAUUCAUCACCAUCGAUCGAAUCCGACGAGUCCAACUAUUGUUGUGGCCACUUCACAGCAUUUAUCACCAAAUCCAGUUCAAACAUCACAGCCAUAUGGCAUGAUGCGAUAUGGCGGUGGAGGUGGUGGCAGUAAUAAUCCAUCAACGAGCACUGUGGUGGCUCAGUCCUCUUCCACAAAUACAAUGGUUGGUAGUGCGGGUAGUGGUGGUGGCUAUCAACCAGCUCUGAGGGGUGGCGUUCCUGUCUUCCCUCCAAAUCCAAAUCUACAACAAACCCAACCCUCGCCGCAGAUAAAACGAAAACAAACACCAACGCGACCAAUGUCAUUUGUUCGAGCUUUAGAAAUGACCGAUUCUAUGGAGAUGCAAUCAAUGGAUCAACAGCAGCAGCAGCAACAAGCCCGAAAUAAUGGCAGUGUAGUGAAUUCAGGCAACAACAUGUCAAACAAUAGCUUAGGGCCGUCAUCGGCUGUCAAUAAUCAACAGAGAGCAACUACACCAACACCAGAUCGAGCCAGUGUUUAUGAUAUGAACUAUGAGAUAUCUGUAUAACCCAUUAAGAAAGCUUCUCCCAAUCCUGCCUUUGGUCCAGCUUCGAAGCCUAAGAUUCUGUCUACUUUUUUCUAAAGAGAUUUUCUCUCAUGUAAAAGGUUUUUUAGAGCUUUCACUUUGAGAAGCAAUAUAAAAGAGCAAAAAAGAUUUUCGUCUUUGUUCUUAUCUUUUAAUUUAAUUAACAAAAUUUUUUUUAUUGAAAAAGUUUCUAACAAAUUCUUCAUAUUCAUUCAAUUCGCUGAAGUACUGUUGGUCAUCUAUUACAUAAGAGCCCAUUUAGUAUAUCAGAACAGCUUUGUAAAAAACGCAUGUUUUUAAUAUUUUGCAGCCGUUUACAAGCUUUGAUAUUAAUUUUUAAAUUCAUUUCAUUGUUCCAUGCAGUGACCAGAUCAAUUUCUUAAUGAAACUCCAGACUUCUUAUAUCAAAUACUUUUAUCAUUUUCGUUCGUGCCAUUAAGGUUUUGAAUUUUCAUACAUUUCUUAUUGUCCCAAAUGAGCUUAAGCAAAGGAAACAAUUUUUUUAAAUGCUUUUUUAAAUGCUUUGACCAAAUAAAGGCAGGAUAUUCCCUAUGUUGUUCCUUUUCACCCCAUAGAUAAAGUUUUAAUUUGUUUUUAUAAUAAUUUUUCUUUUUUAAAAAUUUAAAAAUUUGUAAAAUCAACUUUUCUACUUCUACUAACAUAAAUAAAUGUUAAACUAACUUAUACCCUCAAGCCCAAAGGAAACAAAUAAAUACAAAAAAAAAAACAAAAAUAACAAUACGAAAAAAAGAAAAACAAAUUAUUGCAAAA